UUGUCAGAGAUGGGAUUAGUCCUUGGGGAUGCAGAGAUGAUGAUAACAAUGUCCUGGCUCCCUGAGGUUCACACCUGGUAGGGGGAGAAGCACUCGUAAUCAGGAGGUGGAUAAGUUCAUGAUGGUGUUGGAAAAGAGCAGUGAGAGCAGAGAGGAGGAGGAAAUUGAUAGUGGCAGUGAUUAGUAUAAAAAUGAAGCCCUCAUGGAUUAGGCAUGGCGUGGAUUUCAGCAGGGACUGGGUCGCUCUCUUGGUUCUUCGGUCCGGGAGUGACCCACAUGACUCUCCCACACCAUUGCCAUCACUGCCACUGGGUGGGCAGAGCUUUACAAGUCUCGGCUGGGCUGGUAUUUGCAGUACGUGACUAGACCCCAGUAGACACAGGCUGACACCCAGAGAGGAGCACACGCAAUACAAGUCAGACUUUUAAUUUUUUCCUUUUUUAAUGAAUGGUUUUCCUGAAUUCCAGGACUAUGAAGGUUUUGAAGCAACACUUCACAAAGGCAGGGACUCUGGAAAAUUCUGAGGGAGUUUCAGAGCAGAUGAACUUCUGUCUGCUUCUCCCUGGGUCCCCGACCUAUCUGUUCUUGUCCCAGCCCAGUUCGAAAGGAAAACUCUCCCUUGAUUUUCCCUAAAUGGGUGGAAUAAGGGAAAACUAAAGCUGUUACUACCAGUCUUUUCUGGGAGAUGAAAAUCCAAUCUCAAGGAUGUUUCUUCCCGGACCAAAGCUGUGAUGGGUGAAGAAAAAUGAUAGAAUGAAAAGCUCUUGUGUUAUGUAUUUGCCAGAGAUGUGUGUUACAUGCGCCUACAUCAUCAUUAAGGUAUUUGAAAAGCAGCGUGCACUACAAGAAGCAUGAGCGUGGAUGCUCAAACAGACCUAGGUCCUAAGACUCUCAGUCCAGAGAGGGCCCUGCCCCACACCCAGAAGGAAGGAAUGCUGCCCAGAGAUGACCAGAGGAAUCUAUACAGAGCAUAACCUUCGGUGGCAGGACAAAUCAGGCCAGCACGCAGUCUGCCAAGUCCUGCUCGCUCCCUGUCAAGAAAAACAGCUGGAUCCAUUUCUAAUCAACACUUUCCAACACAACACUUCUGAGUCUCUGAAGGAGACCAGAGCUUGAAACUUUCCAGACUUCCAACAGACAUCGAGUGCAAAAGGAUAUUUAGGUUGUCUUUGCACAAAUCUGGUUGAUUUGAGAGAUAAAGGGGGGAGAAAACGAGUGUGACUUUCACCUAAGAAGUCACAUGAACAUAUUUCACAUUUGAACUACAUAAUGAAUGAUGGUUAUUGAAAUAGCCCAAACCUCUACCACAGAGCGAGGGAUAUAGCUCAAAAGGCAACCAGGCAGUCACAGAACCAAGGAAUGGAUGACUACAAGUAUCAGGACAAUUAUGGGGGCUAUGCUGCCAGUGAUGCCUAUUACCGUGGCAAUGAGUCCAACCCAGAAGAAGAUGCACAGAGUGAUGUCACCGAAGGCCAUGAUGAGGAAGACGAGAUCUAUGAGGGCGAGUACCAGGGUAUCCCUCACCCAGAUGAUGUCAAGGCCAAGCAGGCCAAGAUGGCGCCCUCCAGAAUGGACAGCCUUCGGGGCCAGACAGACCUGAUGGCUGAGAGGCUGGAAGAUGAGGAGCAGUUGGCCCACCAGUACGAGACCAUCAUGGAUGAGUGUGGCCAUGGCCGCUUCCAGUGGAUCCUCUUUUUCGUCUUGGGUUUGGCCCUGAUGGCCGAUGGGGUGGAAGUGUUCGUGGUGAGUUUUGCCCUGCCCAGUGCAGAGAAGGACAUGUGUCUGUCCAGUUCCAAAAAAGGAAUGCUAGGGAUGAUAGUCUACUUGGGAAUGAUGGCGGGCGCCUUCAUCCUGGGAGGCCUGGCUGAUAAGCUGGGAAGGAAGCGAGUCCUCAGCAUGUCUCUGGCCGUCAAUGCCUCCUUCGCCUCCCUCUCUUCCUUCGUGCAGGGAUAUGGAGCCUUCCUCUUCUGCCGACUCAUCUCAGGCAUCGGUAUUGGGGGUGCUCUACCGAUUGUUUUUGCCUAUUUUUCUGAAUUCUUGUCUCGGGAGAAGCGAGGAGAACACCUCAGUUGGCUGGGCAUCUUCUGGAUGACUGGGGGCCUGUACGCAUCUGCCAUGGCCUGGAGCAUCAUCCCACACUAUGGCUGGGGCUUCAGCAUGGGGACCAAUUACCACUUCCAUAGCUGGAGAGUGUUUGUCAUCGUCUGUGCUCUGCCCUGCACCGUGUCCAUGGUGGCCCUGAAGUUCAUGCCAGAGAGCCCAAGGUUUCUGCUAGAGAUGGGCAAACAUGAUGAAGCCUGGAUGAUUCUCAAGCAAGUCCAUGACACCAACAUGAGAGCUAAGGGGACCCCAGAGAAAGUGUUCACGGUUUCCAACAUCAAAACUCCCAAGCAAAUGGAUGAAUUCAUUGAGAUCCAAAGUUCAACAGGAACCUGGUACCAGCGCUGGCUGGUCAGAUUCAAGACCAUUUUCAAGCAGGUCUGGGAUAAUGCCCUGUACUGUGUGAUGGGGCCCUACAGAAUGAAUACACUGAUUCUGGCCGUGGUUUGGUUUGCCAUGGCAUUAAGUUACUAUGGACUGACAGUUUGGUUUCCUGAUAUGAUCCGCUAUUUUCAAGAUGAAGAAUACAAGUCUAAAAUGAAGGUAUUUUUUGGUGAGCAUGUGUACGGCGCCACAAUCAACUUCACGAUGGAAAAUCAGAUCCACCAACAUGGGAAACUUGUGAAUGAUAAGUUCACAAGAAUGUACUUUAAACAUGUACUCUUUGAGGACACAUUCUUUGACGAGUGCUAUUUUGAAGAUGUAACAUCAACAGAUACCUACUUCAAAAAUUGUACCAUUGAAUCAACCAUCUUUUACAACACAGACCUCUACGAGCAUAAGUUCAUCAACUGUCGGUUUAUCAACUCCACCUUCCUGGAGCAGAAGGAGGGCUGCCACAUGGACUUGGAGCAAGAUAAUGACUUCCUGAUUUACCUCGUCAGCUUCCUGGGCAGCCUGUCUGUCUUACCCGGGAACAUCAUUUCUGCCCUGCUCAUGGAUAGAAUUGGAAGGCUCAAGAUGAUUGGUGGCUCUAUGCUAAUCUCUGCAGUCUGCUGCUUCUUCCUGUUUUUUGGCAACAGUGAGUCUGCAAUGAUCGGCUGGCAGUGCCUGUUCUGUGGGACAAGCAUUGCAGCCUGGAAUGCUCUGGAUGUGAUCACAGUGGAGCUGUAUCCCACCAACCAGAGAGCAACAGCCUUCGGCAUUCUCAAUGGAUUAUGCAAAUUUGGCGCCAUCCUGGGAAACACCAUCUUUGCUUCUUUUGUUGGGAUAACCAAAGUGGUCCCCAUCCUUCUGGCUGCUGCUUCUCUGGUUGGGGGUGGCCUGAUUGCCCUUCGACUGCCAGAGACUCGAGAACAGGUCCUGAUGUGAACAACCUAUGGGAAAAGGAAAGGUCGAGAGAAUCUUGUCCAGGACCCUGAAAUGCAUCCACACUUCCUGCCUAUCACGGUCCGGAGGACACCUUGGAUAGCACGGGAGGAGAAGUUGACUUUGUGCCCCCUAGUUUAGGACCCACUUCAGCUGUCAAUAUGUUUGUAACUCAGGUGACUGAUUUGGGGGUGCCCUGAGCCACCCUUAGAAUCACAGAGCUGCGUGUUUAACUUCAGGUCUUCCCAGUCCAAGGCAGGGAGAGGAUUCUCCAGUGAGUGCACACACUAUGCGAGGAGCAAGCAUUUCUCUAAGUCAAGUGCAAGGACUUAACUUGCAUUUCAAAAGGAAUUAGAGGGUCAGAAACACCCAAGCUCCUCCAGAAAGCUCCUUGGAGCCCAACAACUUAACAAAUCAACUUGGCUGGAAGUUAGAGUCAUUAUAUGAAGAUUGGGCUUGAAGUACAGGAUACAUAUAUUUUUGCAUUUAAAAGUAUCACCUAUCAUAUUUUCCACUCGAAAAUUGACAUAGUAGCAUUGAGGAUACUCUGAUCUAGAAAGCCAAGUAUUUGAGCAACAUCUAUAGAGAUCUACUUUUCUCCUAUGUCUCCUAGGCUUUCCAUGAUAAUUAGGUAAUACAUUUAAGAAGGAUAUUUAUUUCUGUUUUGCUCUAUUCAAAGAAACGGAAUGGGAUAUUUAUUCUGUAAACUAAGUUUGUAUAUAACUUUAUUUGGGUUUAAUUUCCACAACUGGUAUCUGCAAAUAUUGCCAGCAUUUUAGCCAUAUUUUGGGAGAACUUGGUGUUUGAGGUCCCAGGAAAUGAGGUCUGAUCAAAUGAAAUGCAAGCACAAUUUCUUACAGCCAUUUAACUUUCUGUUGGGAAGAUGAAUUAACAAACUCACAUUGUGCAGUCCGCUUAAUCCAGGCACUUUUCUUUGUGCAGGUGUAGUGAGUAGUUACUUCUCUCCCUUACACAGAUGACUUGUGAAACUCAAGCUCACCAUCUUCAGUGCUGGCAUUUUACUUUGCCACUACCCAAAAACAACGUGAGAUGUGUUCAGUGGCCUCUGGUACUCUUUGCAGGCAAGAAUCAAACAACAUGGAGACUGAGGGAGGGAUGGGGAAGUGUAGCCACAGUUCUUCCAAAUGUAAAUACUUUUUGUUUGUUCUAGUGGUAAAAUGCAAAUGCAAUCCAUAUUUGUUAGGAUGGUCAGGUCUCAUGAGAAAUCUAUGCUAUGUGUCCAGAGCUUUUGAAACAGAGUCCAUUGGAGUGGGAGUUAGGGAGUGUAGUGGAUGCCAAAUAUGUUUUUCUUCAGUGCUUAAGAGAACUGUUUGCUGAAGUCCAGCUUUGAACAUAAACAGGGGUGUGGGUUGGGGGAGGAGCUUAGGACAAACCUCUCUGAUGAAGGUCAGCAAUAGACUGAAGUCUUGACUGCAUGGAAGAGGAAAAACAUCAGAACUGUCUGACAAUGGAGGGGACAGUGAGCUACGCACAACUGCCAGCGGAGGUGAACUUGCACCUGCCCAGGCCGGAUGAACAUCAGCCUGCAAGAACUAGUUGUUUGAGUUGAUUUGCAGUGCUCUCAAUGGGCAAGUGCCACAUUUUCCCUGGCAGAGAUCUCCAAAAAUUUCAAACAGAAUAAUAAUGGCUGUGUCGAGUGUUUUCUCAGUAUUGGAGAAAUGCUUAGGUCCUAUGACAGCUUCGGGACAUCUUUCUGUAAUUUUCCUCAAUUAACGGGUUGGUAGGGGUAAAUCUUAUGACACCUUUCCACCGUCGAUUUGAGAUCAGUUUUAAUGGUUAAAAUGUUUACUCUCCUUCUGUCAACCCUCACCUUUUUAUUGACACCCCUCCCUUUUUUUCUGUACAGGGAGAGAAGACAUAUCGACUCUGACUGGACACCCUGAUUCCUCCAAAUAUAUAUACCACUGUGUAUUAAUCUUUCUCUCAGUGUUUUAUAGGAGUACUAACAUAUUGCUCUGUCAAUAAUGAAAGGCUCGAUGUAAUAUAGCUUAAUUUACUUUCCAUAUGAAUACAGUGGCUAGGUUCAUAAAAGAGAAUUGUGUGAGUCUGGGAUUACCACAUCUAAAACAUUAUUCUUUAAUGCGAUAAUACAAUUCAUUGAGCAGCUACCACUUAAAACAUUUGCAGGACAGUUAGAGCCUGCAUUUCUAGUUAAGAUGGACCUUGUAAAUUUAAAAUUGGAUUAACUUUUGAGUGCUGGGGUGGCUGCAAUAAUUUGGGGGCUAACUCUAUUUGGUUUCCAAGAUCUCACUUCUGCAUCAUCUUUAUCGCUCUUUAAACCAGCCACCUAGCCAAUCAAGGGCAAUUCCCAUCUCAUCCAUCACUCAGGUCUUUGUAAAGGGUGCAGCCAAGCUCUGCAGACUUUUCUCAUGAAGGAAUGUCUAGCCUGAGUACCUGGCUACUUCUUAAAUGCUGUCACUCCUGCUGAGAUAAAUGCGUCUUUAAAAAUAGUCUCUGUGGCAGGUCACUGGGGGACAAUGUACAGCAUUCUGGCCAUCCACUUCUUUUUCACUUCAUGUUCUACCCCAAGAGACUCCCGAUGUCGGCUGUGGAGGGUUAAAGGGAUGAGGCUUUCCUUUGUUUAGCAAAUCUGUUCACAGUUCUUGAUGAUGUAUUUUAUGAUGCCCAGCUUGGAAAUAGUUGCUUUCCAUAGUCUCAACUGUAUUGUGUCAUCUCCUGAUGCUGAUUUUUGAUCUUUUGUUUUAUUAAAAAUAAUUAGUGAAAGAGGUGUGCCUAUCUGUGAAGUUUGUAGUACAUUAUGCUGAGGUCAUGUAACAAGUAAACCCCAACCCAGCAUUCCCUCCUACCUUGUGUUAGUUCAUUAAAACUAAAUAAUAAAAAUAACUGUAAGAAAACCUUAAGAACUGGGGUUAGAGAUUAUUUUCAGGCACUAAGGUCUCUUCUGUAUUCCUAAAUUGACUGAAUCAGCUGGGAGAAACAUCGAGAAUCGCUUCCUUCAACUUUUAUUUUGCAACAUGGGGACCUUGAGAGGUUAGACGAUGUGGCCCAGGUUACAUGUCAUGUGAGGAGUGGGUGAGAAGACCUAAGGUGAUGCUCUCAUGACAGUUCUGGGGAAGCCUGCAGUUUGGGGAAUGGGACAAUGUGACAAAUACUCGCCAUUCCCUGAGACCAUUCAUUGACUAUUCCCUUGAUGGCUUUACUAGAAUGAGAGGAAGCAUCAGUUUAAACAUAAAAAGAUUAGUAUUUAUCCAUCCAUUUAUUCAUUCAGCAAAUCCUUAUUGAGCCCUGACCAUGAGCCAGUCUCUGUGCCAAGCCCUGGGGACACAGUGAUGAAAAAACUGGCCACAGUUUCUGCCUCCUGCCUCAUUCCACUUGCAGUGAGUGGAUAUUAAAUUGGCCAUAAACACCGAGUACGAUGACCUUACAAUCCGCAAAAUGCACCUUUCAUGUGUAAAAGGAUUGCUACUACUUUACUUGUCAGCUGUGGAUUUCCAAAUGUGGUGGCUCCCUCUUAUUUUUUUUUUCUUUGAGGAGUGUACCAAUUUUUUAUCUUUAUAAACCAGGUAAGGGAAAUGAUGCACUUGCCCAUUUUCUACAGACCUAAUCGAUUUUUACCUAAUCAGUUUUACAGAAAGGGUUACAUGGAAGAAGAGAUAGGGGCCAGGAAUGCAAGAGGGACAUUGGUGAGUGGGGUAAGAAUCCCCGUAGCCCUGGGAAAGGUGUCUCCACUUCCACAUCUGGCUUUUCUAGGGGGCAUCUGUGCUAACUGACCUGGGAUUAUGUUGGAUGGCAUAUGACUGCAAAUUCAAAGAAACCGAUUUAUAAUAAGUUUAUAGUAAGUUAAAGGUUUGUUUUACUCUCAUGUGAAGGGAAUCUGGAGGAAGGAAAGCCAGGGCUGGAGUGGCUGCCUUUGAUCAUGGGAGCACACUCCUUCUGCCUGAUCAUUGGGAGCACACUCCUUCUGCCUGAUCAUUGGGAGCACACUCCUUCUGCCUGAUCAUUGGGAGCACACUCCUUCUGCCUGAUCAUUGGGAGCACACUCCUUCUGCCUGAUCAUUGGGAGCACACUGCUUCUGCCUGAUCAUUGGGCGCACACUCCUUCUGCCUGAUCGUUGGGAGCACACUCCUUCUGCCUGAUCGUUGGGAGCAUGCUCCUUCUGCCUGAUUGUUGGGAGCAUGCUCCUUCUGCCUGAUUGUUGGGAGCACACUCCUGCCUGAUCAUGGGCGCACGCUCCUUCUGCCUGAUCAUUGGGCGCACGCUCCUUCUGCCUGAUCAUUGGGCGCACACUCCUUCUGCCUGAUCAUGGGAGCACACUCCUUCUGCCUGAUCAUGGGAGCACACUCCUUCUGCCUGAUCGUUGGGAGCACACUCUUUCUGCCUGAUCGUUGGGAGCACACUCCUUCUGCCUGAUCAUUGGGAGCACACUCCUUCUGCCUGAUCAUGGGCACACUCUCCUUCUGCCUGAUCAUGGGCACAUGCUCCUUCUGCCCGAUCGUUGGGAGCACGCUCCUUCUGCCCGAUCGUUGGGAGCACGCUCAUUCUGCCUGAUCGUUGGGAGCAUGCUCCUUCUGCCUGAUCGUUGGGCGCACGCUCCUUCUGCCUGAUCGUUGGGCGCACGCUCCUUCUGCCUUCAGACUCCUUGAUUUUUAGUGCAGUUUCCAUCACUGAGGCUGCCUCAUGGGCUGAGAUGGCUGUUGAAGCACUGAUCCUCGCAUCCACAAUUCAGGCAGGAAGCAGAAGGAAGGGCAAUGGGCAAAGGGGCUGUGCCUUGCAGCCGAGCCAGCCUCCCUUUGCUGCAGAGGAGGCAGGGAAAUGCGGUAUUUACUGGGAACAUUGCCGCCCCUCCUCCAAAUUGAGGGUCUUGGCUCAAAGGACAAAAGCCAGAAAGGAUAGGUGGAUCAGUGCUUCUUAAACUUUUGCGUGCAUCAGAAUCACCCAGAAAGAUGUUAAAACUCACUCUUCAAGGCCCCAUCCCCAGAGAUUCGGAUUCUGGGGAUUUGGAAUCUGGGGUGGAGUCUGAAGAAUCUGCAUUUUUUAACAAACUCCCAGGUGACAUAGAUGGCGUCAAUUCUCAAGCAAUAUUUUGAGUAGCACUGACACUCUUCCAAUAGGUGGUACUUUGACUUGUCAGGGAAGUUCUAUUGCUCUGAUAACUUAAAACCAACCCAACCAGAAGCUCACAAAAACUAGCAGCCUGUGAAAAAUGAUCACCAUUUUCCUAGAGCUCCGAGACAACUAGUGGUAGUGCAACAGUAACCCAAAAAUGUCAAUGAAAAUAUUUCCUUCCCCAGAAACUGCUUGGUUUCACUCAGGUCCUGUCCUUAUGGGCCUGUGUCUGGUUGCAGGGCUUGACGUAUUUCGGAAGCUCAGCAGAGGUUGAACCCUUUCCCCUGGGGGUUGGUGAUCUUUGUUUUGGCCAUUUCCACCUGGUGAAGAUUUUCAUAGACAAAUAUGCUUGUGGCAUCCUGUAAUUCAUUGUGCCUUAUGAGGGACCUCUGAUUCUAUAAGCUUCCCCCUAGCUAGGGAUGCACGGGGGUGAUCAAGACAUGACUAGAUGUGAACCUGACCUGCUGACAGUCCACCUGAACUUGCCUGGAAAUGUCUCUCGAAAAGGAUGAAAAGCCUCCUCCUUUAGACAAGGAAGACAGAGUGGGGUAAAUUUCUCUACAUAGAUCUCAUUCGAAAACAAAUUUACAGAAUGCAGAAUGGCUACUGUGUGUCUUGUGCUAUGCUAGGUCUCUCUCUCUCUAAGUGGACUCUCACCCUGUCCAAAACAUUGUGCUUUUGCAUGUAGCUGUGUCACAUUUAGGCCCAGCUCUAAGAACCGUUUGGAAAUAAAUCACAUAGAGCCUUUGAUUGUGAGGCAGGCUUAAAGUACAUUUUGUUUGAUUUGCAGAGGCAUGGUGAGGAAUUUAUAUGCAUGGCUGUUGUGGCAGCAGCGAGAUUUCCAAAAAGAUGAAUGAUGAAAUGAAACAGACUGAAGCUAUCUCACAAAUGUUAAAUGGAGAAAUAAAAGUUGUUGUAGUCAUUGCUAAUUACAGAAUGAGCAAGAGAUUUAUUUAGCAGGACCAUACUAGGCCCCUAGAAGGUUCAGUUUAUGAGCUGGAGCACAAGGAUUUACUGUCAUUUCACCUGAAAACACACAUUUAGCUGUCCAUUUACCUUUAAUCCUACAGGCUUAAAAUACUUUAAAAUUUCAGAGACCAUUAAUAUGUAUUCCUUUAGGAAGCAAAGGUCUUUCAGAAGCUGUCCUCUACCAAAGUUAAUGUGGUCACCACAUUUGAUGAUUUUGCUAGGUAGGGAGGUUUAUUUAAUCACAGCUACUGUCACUCAGGAGGAUGAGUCAUUUAAAAACGGUGGCCCUGUCCUCCACUUCUUACCUACCAUAUAUAAUCUCAGUAAUUCAGAUUUCUCUAAAUCAGCAUUAGUGAUCAUUUCAAUAGGGUAUGAACAAAAGGCCUAUAAAAAUAGCUUUCCAGUUCGCCACCAAAAAUGCAAAAAUGACAAGUAUGUGAGGUAACGCAUGAGCUAAAUAGCUUGAUUUAGUCACUCUAAAAUGUGGGUGUGUAUAUAUACAUACAUAUAUAUACACACACACAUUAUGUUAUACACCAUAAAUAUAUAGAAAUUUUACUUGUCAAUUAAAACUAUAAAUAAAGUGGCUUUCCAGAAAAAUUAGAUAUUGGACUCUAUCACAAAGGAAUUGCAUAAAAAUACUUACAAACAUAACUAUAAGCAAUUGAUGAGCAAAUUACAAAUGACUGUUUUUUAUUAAAACAUUCCUCCAAAAGAACGGCAAAGCAAAUUCCAUAGACACCCAAAAUACUGAAAGUGACAAAACAAUACUUCUUUAAAAUGUAUUUUAUGAUCUAUUUAUUGAUAUUCUAAUGGUUUUAAGAAGGAUAAUUUUCCAAAACCUAAAUGCUACACAUUUUACAGUGGAAAUAUCAACCUUAUCAUGAGCUAAAGAUUUGCAAUCAGAACAUUGGUAGAGUGCAUUGCUGAGUUAUAACAAGUGUCUCAGGACGAGGAUAUUUGGUAGGUAUCCUUAAAUAUAUAGACGCUUACCAGUAGGUUUAAUAGAAGAUUUCUGAAAGGUAGCCCAACUUUUUAUUUCAUUAUUUUUAUUUUUAUUUUUUUGAGACAGAGUCUCACUCUGUCAUCUAGGCUGGAGUGCAGUGGUGCAAUCUUGGCUUGCUGCAAUCUCCAGCUCCCAGGUUCAAGCGAUUCUCCCACCUCAGCCUCCCAAGUAGCUGGGAUUACAGGCAUGCGCCACCAUGCCUGGCUAAUUUUUGUAUUUUUAGUAGAGACGGGGUUUCGCCAUGUUGGCCAGGCUCGUCUCGAACUCCUGGCCUUAAGUGAUCUGCCCGCCUCAGCCUCCCAAAGUGCUGGGAUUACAAAUGUGAGCCACUAUGCCUGGUCCCAACUUCUUAAAAUUAAAUUUUGGGGAAGUUCAUGGAGAUAUUUUUGACAUGUAAAAAUAGAAAAAAAACCAUCCAUAGUGUGUGCAUAUAUACACACAAGUUUUGGUUUAAUAUACUUGCCGUGCACUAGUCAGUUUCGAUUCAGGUUACAUAAGGGAUAAAAUAUAAAAAGACAUUUUAAAGUUUGAAAUAUGUGCUAAGUACUUAGAGAUUUGGCAGUUUUGCCACAUUUCAAAUGGGCCAAACAUUAAAAUAACUUAUCCAUGAAUUUCAGGUUUCAAGGAAGGAGGAAUAUCUGACUAUUUUUGUGUGUGUGUGAGAUUUGGUUUCCGCUUUUUGGUCCAUCUGAAUCCUGGAAGUCCCCAACUCUACCAGACCAAAAGGGUGUCUCUAUUUUUUGUUGUUACUUCUCUGUUCUUGAUGUAAUGAGUGAAGUAGAUGAAGGAGAUUAAGGUGCAGGGAAGGGCUCUUAGAAGUUUAAUGUUUCAGCUUUCCAUAGUCAUUCAGACUUGUGAAUCUUCUUCCUCUUCUACUUCAAAGUAGCCAAAACUUGGAAAGUUCAAAUUAAUCUCUGGGCUCCAAAGAGCAAUUCUGAAGGAUUAACAGGUUUCAUUCUCUCCGGUGGGAGGUGGCCUAGACAGGUGCCGGUUUUGGGGAGAGGUGAGAGUACCCAGAUGUGGGUGACUAUUUCCUGUUCUUCCCUGAAAGUCAGGCCAGUGGUCUCGAAUCAUUCCCACAGCAACUGCUACAAAAGUGACUAUCUUAAUCCUUUGGCUAGAUGGGAUACUUCUUCUACCUUUUCAGAGCUGAGCUGUUGAGUAGUAAUGUCCGCUACAACAACACCCUCCCGGAAUGGUGGUUCCUAAGAGCAAAGUCAGUUAAUACAAUUUCUCCAGGUAUCCAGCUAUCUCCAGGUGUGCGGUCCUGUGAAGCACUCUAAGAACUGUAAAAAAUAUUUCAUAGGUAUAGAAGGCAUUUGUAAUACUGUUGGUUCAAAUGUGCUGACAUGUAGCCAGUAGAGGAAGAUGUUUCUUUGGAAGCCUGCCAUCUUUCUGUAACCCACCUUCAACCUGAGAUGAUUAAGAUUCAUUACAUUUCCCAGUCCCAUGUCAUAUUGACCAGUCCUGUGGUCCUAUGGCUAAGCGGAGGACACGGCCACAAGCUGUGAGUCAUGAAAAGGAGGGUGCAGGUGAUAGGCAAAGGGACCCAUUAGCCAGUUUACAAUGACUGGCAACUGACCAGAUAGAGCUUACCGUAUGUCCAUGUAGAGUUGCUCAUAUUAGUCUGUAAAUAAUUCUAUGCAUAGUGAAUGCAGCUUCUGAAUUAUUAAACCGAUGCUAUAAAUGUGAACUGACAAAACCCA